GGUUCAUCUGCCCCGGCUGGCGCGGGACUCGGAGUGCACAGCUGCGGGGACUUGGCGGCGGCGUGGGCAGCUGAGGAGUGACUGGGUCUUCAUUUCUGGAUUAAAAAGUAAUCUGGAGCUCUCAUAAUGUUUGCCAAAGCAACAAGGAAUUUUCUUAAAGAAGUUGAUGCCGGAGGGAACCUGAUUGCAGUAUCAAACUUGAAUGACUCUGAUAAGAUACAGCUUCUAAGUCUAGUGACCAAAAAAAAGAGAUUCUGGUGCUGGCAGAGACCCAAGUACAAAUUUUUAUCUGUCACCCUCGGUGAUGUACUCAGAGAAGACCAAUUUCUGAGUCCAGUGGUCGUGGAGUCGGACUUCGUGAAAUACGAUUAUAAGCUUCAAAACCACGUGAGGGGGACCAUCGAGACGGCACUAGGGAAGGUCAAGCUGAAUGUUGGAGGCAAAGGACUUGUGGAAAGUCAAUCUUCUUUUGGAAGACUGAAGAAGCAGGAGGUGGACCUGCAGCAGCUCAUCAGAGACUCUGCUGAGAGAGCAAUCGAUCUGAGAAACCCAGUGCUGCAGCAGGUGCUGGAGAGGAAGAAGGUGGUCCUGUGUGUCCUGACCCAGAAGAUAGUGACGGCGCAGCCAUGUGUGAUAUCAGAGCACACUCAGCUGGAGGAGAAGUGCAGCAGCAUGGUGGGGAUCCCGAGCAAGACCGUGCAGGUGUCUGCAAAGGAAGAUGGGAGCAUCGUCAAAGACACCCAAGUGGAGCUGGAGAUCCCGGCUCCCACCACCAUCGCCUAUGGCGUCAUCGAGUUGUAUGUGAGACAGGACGGCCGUUUCAGCUACAGCUGCAGGCACUCAGAACGUGCACCAUCUCCACGGGACAGUCGCCAGCUCCUGGACGCACAAGAAGCCAAAGAAGACCCACGUGAGGCAUGGGAUGAAGUGGUAGAGAUUUCCUCUUCACACGUGGAGCAGCCUGCCUUUCACGGAGAAUUCUGUCCCCUACAAGGGAAUUAUUGUGGCUUCGAGCUCAGGAAAAGUGGCGCUUUCUUCAUGGACUCUCUGCCCUUACAAGAGUUUGCAUUUGGGGACGUGCCAGAUGCUGGGCAGGGACUGCCUGCCCUGGAUAGGCCGUUGAGCGUUUUAAAACAAGCCACCCUGCUCUUAGAGAGGAAUUUCCAUCCCUUUGUGGAGCUGCCAGAAGAGCAGCGGAUGGCACUGAGCAACAUCCUCCAGGUGGUCCUGUCUGAUGAAGAAUUACUUGUGGCCCUGGAGCAAGUGUGUGAGGAUGUGGUCAACGGCCUGUCGCCCCCACCAGCAAUCCUGGAGAAGCUGAAGCCCCCACAGCAGCAGGACCUCAUGGCUUUCCUAUGUCUGGUGGGGUACAGAGUCCAGGGCGGGCAUCCAGGCCCGGAGGAUGCAGUCAGCAACCAAAAGCUCUUUUCUACGGCCUACUUCUUGGUCAGUGCACUAGCAGAAAUGCCAGCUAAUACAGUGGCUCUGCUGGGUGCUUGCUGUAAACUCCAGAUUAUUCCUAUGCUUUGUCACUUGCUCCGUGCUCUUGCUGAUGGAGUAUCUGAUCUUGAAAACCCAGACUUGGCUCCUCUGAAAGAUACGGAAAGGUUUACGAUCGUGCAGCAUUUGUUUGCCUCAGUCGACAUGACCCUGGAGAGAGAGCAGUCAUCCGUGAAAGUUGUCACCCAGAAGGACCCUAACAUUAUUUCCCCACUCAUUCUUUACAUAAGCCUGAAUGGUUUCUGUGCUUUAGGCAGAGCACAUUAAGAGCAUCAUAUGUGAAUUACAAGUACAUGUCAUCAGCCGAGGCUGGGUAUCUUUCAGCAUUGUUAAGAUCCUACUGAGUGUAGCUACCAUUUUUCAUAAAAGGCCUCUGCUAAUGACCCAGUGUCUGAGUUAGAUUCUAGCAUCUGAAGAGCUAGGAGAGGGUUGAGAAUUCUCAGCUAGUGUACAGACUUUUUUCUGCAGGAAAAAUGGGUCCAUCUAUCUAUCUGCUAUACAAAAAGAGAGGAGUCUGACACUUAGAUCGAAAAAUUCACUUUAAAUUGUGAAUGCUAUAGGAAGACAAUUUAUAGAAGUCUGUUUUAGAUGUGCUGACAAAUGGACUGUAAAUGCCAUUACAUAUAUUCUGCUAAACAAAAUUAUACUAAAAUAAUCUAGUAGCAGGACACCCUUCCUUAGGGGUCUAGCUAUAGACAUUUUUUUUGGUUAUGCUUUGAUGAACAUACCAAUUCUAAGUCUAUAACAAUGCUA